GCCCAGGCCAACGACCCCAGGGACACGCAGUUCACCAGCAUUCAGAAGAUGCCGAAUGAGCCACAGCUGGAAUUCAUCCUUGCAUGCAAGGAUCUCGAGGCUCCCGGCCGCCAUCGGAAGCUGAGCACCGCGGUGCAGAUCUCAGUCAUCCAGCCCGGGGAGGAGAGCGUCACCCGAUACUCCAGCACCGAGACGGUGGAGGGAACAAGAGACCCACUGUUUCUGACUGGUGUCAUAUUCCCAUCCGAGUACCCCAUCUUUGAGGAGACCACCAUAAAACUAGCCAUGUAUGAUGUGAAGGACCCAUCUUUCUGCUGCCUCCAAGAAUCCCAAUACUAUACUGGAGAGGAGUGA